CUUCCACUUUCCCAGUACAUCUCUCGAAUCUUGCAUCCAACGAACUUUCGACUCGACAACGCACUCAUCCCCACACUCAUUGCCUAGAGGUACAUCCAGACAUUCUGAAUACGGUUGCGUGCAUCUCUAAAUUGUGCGCAGCCUUUUCUUGAACCGGCAAAAUCAAACAACUUCAACGUGACGACAAAGAGGACGACAAGCGGAGAAGGCCACAAUGUCCGGGCCGAGCACCUCGUCAAAUGCCUCCGCAGCUGUAGGUUUCGCAGCUGCUAGGGGACCGGGAACCGCUCAAUUUCCUCCAUCUCUCUUUGGCGCUUCUGGACCUUUUCUAUCCACUGCGUCUACGGGCGGUAGUUUGUUCGGGCCCUCGCCCGUUUCAUCAACAGUAGCACCGGCCGCGGCUUCAGCCACACGUGGCAGCUUAUUUGGGACUGGAGCCUCUGCGGCAGUAACUCUACCUACAAAUGGUGGUUUAUCUGGGAGUAGGCCUGUCUCGACAACGGCGACCCCGAUAGGCACUGGCAGCGGGUUAUUUGGUUCCGCCCCUGUUCAAAGAGACUUAGGAGCUGCCACUGCCAUGACGAGCUCUUUUGCUUCAGGUACUGGGUUGUUUGGCUCUGCGCCAGCUACAGGAGCUCCAACUUCCACAGGCAGUUCCUUAUUCGGAUCAGGAGCUUUCCGAGCAGUGACAACUCCGGCGACAGGGGGUGGCUUGUUUGGUUCUGCACCGGCUGCUGCAGGUCACACCUCAACAGGCAGUGGGUUGUUUGGGUCCAUGGCCCAUCCAGAAUGGAUAGCUUCAACCACGGCCGGUGGUCCUUCAGGCACUAUAUCCACCGCGGGUGCUUGUCUGUUCAGCAACCCUGCUUCUGAUGCACCCAAUGCAACGGGCACGAACAAACCGGGGGGCUCGACCUUGCCACAUGGCAACGUGAUCAACAUCGACCCCGAGGGAGAUCUCUUGUUGGACGUAGGGGGAGACGAAGACUCCGGACUAUCUCAGCCACAGCGGUUACGCGUCUGUUCUUUUGCGCUCCGCCGCCACUCGCCGGUCUGGAAGCAGAUGCUGUUUGGUCCCUGGAAGGAAUCAAAGCCAGCCAAUGCCGAGUCUGAAGUGUGGAUCGUAGAGCUUCCGGAUGAUCCCUUCAGACCAAUGCAGAUUGUCCUUGACAUCAUACAUGGACGGUUCAGCAAGAUUCCUCGCUCUCUUGGUCUCGAUGAGCUUUAUAAACUCGUGAUUCUUACCAACAAGUACGACAUGACCGAAACUUUGAGACCAUGGUGUGCAGAUUGGGCACAUAUAGCCCGCGGGGACCUGUCUUCGGCGGAUACAUUGAAGUCCUUGUUCAUUGCGUGGGAAUUGGGAGAUGAAGACCUCUUCGCUCUGAGAAUUGAGGAGAUCUCCGUGAACACCAGCCUCGAGGCAGAAUCUCUAUUCAAGCCGAUGGAGAUCCGUUUCAACAAAACGUCCGUUCUGGCUGGAACUUCAGAAUGGAUCAAUCUGGAGGCUCAGGACUACCUCGGCCCACAAGAUGUUCACAAUGUCAUCCGUUCAGUUCGAUCGGAAGUGCUUUCGAUGAUUGUCGCGGCUGUUAAGGAUGACAUGGCGCUUCGACGAUUUCCAAGUUGUCGAACGGUUUGUUCUGGUCCUCAAACUCCAUAUAGGUCUAACAGAACGACGAACGCAGGUGACAUAGGCUCUGCAGCCCUUUGUGACGCAGCAAUCUUAGGUGGUCUUUCGAUUCACAUAGAUCACCGUGUCACAUCAACCGCUAUCCCGUUCAUUGAAGAAACCAUUGUACAGGUGGCAUCCGUCGUAUUCCCGAAAAUAAAGCUAAUCGAGGUUUUGCCGCAUCAUCAACAGUGCUCCUUGCGUACUAAGUACGAGGCCCUCGAUAAAAAAAUACACGACGAUCUUCCCGGUAUCGUUGCGAGGCACAUCAAGCCGGGGCACAAAAGCUAUAUGGAAAAGCAGAGGAAUAAGACAGGAAUUGAGUUGUCCCGGACAGGACAGAAUCAAAGGCAGGCUAGUACUCGCCGAUAUUGGUGAUAGCCAGAUAUCUAGCCUUCAUACUCUCCUUUCUACUUUUACAGAUGUGGACACUUAACAUGAACAUUGCAUCACUCAGACACGCAGUUUGUCGUCUUUCGACAUGCCAUAACCAGUCACUUUCUCACUGCCCAAGCU